AUGGAAUUGUCCAACCAAUCCUCUUCGAGCAGAUUCAUUCUCCUCAGUUUGUCCUCGGUUCCAUACUUGAAGGUCAUUGCUUUUCUUACCUUCUUGGUGAUGUAUUUGAUAACAUUGCUAGCAAACCUCUUACUGAUAAUUGUGGUAAAGAUUAAUCCAAAGCUCCAGACUCCUAUGUAUUUUUUUCUUACUAAUCUCUCCUUCAUUGACAUCUGCUUCUCUACCACUGUAGUCCCUAAAAUCCUAGAGAACUCAUUGGCAGAAGACAGGAGCAUUUCUGUUGUAGAAUGUGCUGUUCAGAUGCACUUUCAUUUGAGUUUUGGGUCUACAGAGUGUUUCAUUCUUGCCAUCAUGGCUUAUGAUAGAUUUGCCGCCAUCUGCAAACCACUUCACUACAACACUAUCAUGAGCCGGAAGACGUGCAUCAAUCUGGCUGCUGUGUCAUGGAUCUCAAGCUUCAUCAACUCCAUUUUACAAGUCAUCUACACCUUCCAGAUGUCCUUCUGCCAUACCCGCCAUGUCAACCACUUCUUUUGUGAGGUACCCCCAUUUUUACAGAUAUCCUGCAGUGAUACUUGGCUCCAUGAGGUCUCAAUGUAUAUUACAGCAGGCAUAAUAGUUAGUCUAUCCUUUAUCUUGAUUCUGAUUUCAUAUAUUCAUAUUCUGUCCACCAUCUUGAAGAUCAGUUCUUCUCAUGGAAGGUACAAAGCUCUCUCUACAUGUGCCUCCCACAUCAUUGUGGUGACUUUUUACUAUGGGACCAUUAUGAUUCUGUAUUUAAAACCACGUUCCCGUUCGUCUCCAGACAUAGACAAAUCUAUCUCCCUCCUUUACUCAGCAGUUACACCCAUGCUAAACCCCAUCAUCUACAGUGUCCGAAAUAAAGAUGUCAAAGACACUGUAAGAAAGACUGUAGUUAAAGAGGUUUUACAAUCACACCUAUUUUUCCAAAAUUAA